AUGCCAUUGGUGAUAGAGUACAACGACAUCGGAACACUUAAAGAGCAAGUGAAAGACAUCAAGACGCCGAAGUUCAGCAUCAAGGCCAAGCGGCCCCUAAAGGCGGACCUGGAGAGGAUCAUCCACCUGGAGGUGCGCGCCGCCGACGGCUCCGGGCCGGGCCCGCUGGCGGCGGCGGCGGCGCGCCGCGGCCGCCCGCCCGCGGCCCGCGCCGGCAGUAGCUACGAGUGCCGCCGCUGCGACAUACAGUUCCAGGACUCCCGGGAGAUGGUGAAGCACCUGCAGCAGCACGUCAGCAAGCCCUGGUGCAAGCGCUGUCGCACCGAGUUCCCCGACCGGGCGGCGCUGCUGGAACAUCGGCGUGCCUGCCGCCUGCAGCAUCGCUCCGGCGUGUGUACCAUCUGCGACCGCGAGGUGCAGUUCCACCGGCACCACAUGAAGCGGCACAGCGAGAUGGUGGCUGAGGGACUGCUGGAAGAGGGAGCGCCCAUGCCGGAGGAGCAGGACACGCUGCCGGCGGGCGCGCUGCAGCGGCGCGUCGGCAAGUACCUGGCCGGCGGCGUGUGCAGCAUCUGCGGCGAGCACGUGCCAGAAAAGCUGCGCAAGCACGAGCGGCUGCACAACAUCACGCACACGUGCCCCAUCUGCAAGAAGGUGUUCACGCGCGAGGACGUGGUGCGGGGACACAUCAAGCGCGUGCACAUGAAGGAGCGGCCUCACGUCUGCGCCCAGUGCGGCAAGACGUUUGUCUCCGUCUACAGCCUGCAGCGACACGAGAUGAUCCACAACAACGAGUACCGUUUCUACUGCCAGGAGUGCGGCGACGGCUUCCGCCAGAAACAGCAGCUGACGGCGCACAUGCGCCACAAACACGGCGUCGUCGACGUCGUGUUCGAGGACGUCCAGGUGAUGCCGGAGGGCUCGGCCGUGGUCGACGCCAUGGCCGUGAUGACCGACGGCGGCGUGUCGGUGUACCGCGGCGCCGUGCUCGAGCACGACCAGUACGACAAGGAGGAGUACGUCAUAGCCACCAGCAGCGCCGACGGCGACGACGACGGCGUGCGCUUCAGCGGCGUUUCCGACGCGGAGGACCACAUCUACCGCACAGCGCUGCCCCACGCGGCUGGUGACGGCGUGCAUCUGGAGCACCAGUAACCGGCGUCGGAGGCUGGACCGGCCUCGAGAGCGGCUGUGGUGAGCCGGGGAGCGGACCGACCCGCAGGAUCAGGUGGCGACGUCAGAGGCUGGACCGUCCCUGAGAGCGGCGGCUGUGGUGCGUCGGAGAGCGGACCGACCCGCAGGAUCAGGUGGUGACGUCAGAGGCGGGACCGGAGUGGGGGAGCGAGGAGCAUGGUCAGGUACGGGUGUGGUUCCAGUGGCGCGGCGCGGUGCAGCUCGGCGCGGCGUCAGUAACGGGGCUGGACGGAAGCUGCGGAGGAUGGCGACGGACGCUGGACUCGAGCUGGGAAAGCACCAGCCCUGCGCGGCCGGAACACUGCGGUGAAGGCGCGCUCCAACCGACGUCACUUGUGUGUAUCUGUCUGAAGUGUCUGGUCGGCGGCGCCCUCUGGAAGCGAACGGCUGCCCGGUCUCGGCGGCUGCCCGGUCGUCUCAGCGGUGCUGGACGGCGCUCCUGGUACCAAACAGCUGCGGGUGGGCGAUGCGCGGUCGUUUUUCAUCGGUGAUUGAGUGCUGACUUCAUCGAGGAGGCCAGCUCUGGACGUGGGAGAAUUGUAGGCUCACGUGUGAUGUUCUUCCCACGCAUUGAGCAAACGGGCGUGCGAUGGGGUGUGAAAGUUGGCGACGCGACUUCCGACAACUAUUUGGCUGUCUUCUUGACGACAUGCAAAGUUUUGAAUCUUUUCGUCCAUUUUCUCCUUCGCUCACGUUGUUUGGUUUGAACUUGCCUGCAUGUACUCGUUAUGCCAGUGUGCUGGGUGGCUUCACAUGGAUCAUGAUGCGCACUUGACAAGUAUAUUCCG